UGUCAUCCUACGACACAUCCACUAAAAGAGAAGAAGAAGGUGUAGGUUAUGUUAUGUUUUGGAGUUUUCGUCUUUCGAUGGGUUUCCGAAGUUUUGAAAGUAUUCUUUUGAAGUAAUAUAAUGCGAAUGUAACAAAUACAACGAAAUUUAACUAAGAAAUAAUUCUUAACAACCGUCACCUAUAAAUAAAAUUACCAAAAUGGACUACGAAUUGGAUUUAACCGACGACGAAUUGGUAACAAAAUGUCUCAAUAACUGCCUUUUUGAAACCAAUUCUUCGGAUAAAUUAGCAAACUUUUAUAAAAUACAAGAAAUAUUACUUAGAAAAUCGCCAAAUUUAAUAUCAAAAUAUAUACAGAAUGUUUUGAAUUUUACAACAGACACAAGUGCUGAUAUUAAAAAAGCUCUGGUGGGGUUCAUAGAAGAAUUAAUCAAAGUUAGAGAAAAUUUUAUUCCAAAAGUGACUCUUAGCCUUCACAUGCUACUUUGUGAUGAAUCAAUUCCUGUACAAAAACGUGUAAUUCAAGCCACAAUCACGAUAUAUAGAAGAACUUUAGCAUGGCUUUGCAAAGCUUCUACUACCACUCAAGAAAUGGAGGAUGCUUGGAAACAACUUAAUGCUGUAAAGUUAGAAAUUGCCAACAUGAUAGAUAGUGAUAAUGAUGGUAUAAGAACGAGUUCUGUUAAAUUUUUGGAAUGCGUAGUGUUACUUCAAACUUAUCCUGAUGAAAAUGAAAACAAAAGACCCAAUGAUUUUUCUCUAGAUGAUGUACCUCUUACGCUUAAGGUUGCAAGAAGAAGAAGACUUGAGGAAGAAGCCAGUAAUCUAUUUGAGGUUCUUGUUAAAUUUCACGGGUCUCCUCACAUAAGUAGUGCUAACCUUCUGGCGUGCAUCGGAGUUUUGUCCAAUAUAGCCAAAAGUAGAGCGGAAUUUAUGGAAAGGGUUGUAAACGCUUUGGAAUCUUUGUUUGCCAAUCUACCUCCCACACUUACAACUACUCAAGUCAGUUCAGUGAAGAAAAAAUUAAAAACCGAACUCAUGGGGCUUUUAAAGCAUCCAGGAUCUUACGAUUACGUAAGCAACAUUAGUUGUAUUUUGUUGGAUUUAGGUUGUUCGCAAUCUGAGAUCAAUAAAAUGAUUCCAAAAGCCGACGAGAGGCGGAAGUACAAUAAAAGAAUGCUGUCAGCGGAAUCAUUAGUUGUUCAACAAAACAUAAAAAGAGCUCGAUUAGAAGAUCCGUCGCAUAAUGACGUUGAAGAGACGUUUGAUCCUCUUCUAACGCCUCAAGAGGUCAAUGAGCAAUUUAUUUUGGAUAAUUUGACAUUAGAGAAGGCCGUUUAUCUCAUUGUAACUAGCAUUCCGAAGCUGCCACUACAGCCGCCAUCCGAAUUUAUAAGAGAUUACGCGGAUUAUGUAAAUUCCGGGAAUAUCGGAAGGAUACAUCUGGCAAACGCUUUGGCAAAACAAUUCACUGAAGCCAACAUAGGGCCUGGAAAGAAUGUAAAACAAAAAACUCCUACCGAGUCCAAAAAGCGAGCCAGAGAAGAGGAGGCUAAGGAAGACAAAGAAAAGCCACCUCCAAAGAAGGAGAAAGUGAAAGUGUUGCGCAUAAAAAAUCUAAAAUUAGCGGAAAUCACGAAACCAAUAGAUCGGGAUUUGAAGGAGAAAUUGAUGUUGAAAGCGGUGGAACGCAUUUUGAUACCUCAUAAUUCAACCAACAAAAUGCUUCAUCAAAAAAUAAUGACCACACUUUCCACUUGCUUUAGCACAGCCGUCAGAGAUAGGAUACUGUUGUUUUUGCUGAAUGAUCUCAGAUCGUACGUGGACGUCGCCUUGGCUUGGUUAUUUGAGGAAUACAGUAUUAUGCAGGGUUUUUCAAGAGUACCCCCUUUAAGGAAGGAUGGCAAGCUAGGAGACAGCUACAACAUGUUAUUGUGCAGUUUUAUAAACGUAUCCGCUACGGAUACGCUUAUUAUAACCAGACUUCUUCUGGAAGCCCCCCUAGUCACAGAUGAUGCACUCGAAGAGGUCAGAGUCGUAUGUAGGGACGAGAGAAGAUCCGGAUGGGCGCUGGGUCUCAUCCGCGACCUUACAAUAAGAAAACCCCCCAAACAGCUGAUCUUUCUCAAUACGCUGCUCGGUUAUACGACUUACGAAAACGCCAUUGUUCGCGAUCACGCUAUCGCUCACGUCCUGGAACUUCACAAGCGAUUCGAUCUGAGAUUGGUCAUCGAAGAAUUCGCCAGGAUGAAUUUGGAGUUUUUGAAGCUGCCGAAACCGCCCGAGAGCCUGUGCGGAGUCAAUCAGGGUCGAUUGAAGAGCGAAACGUGGAGCGACGAUUUCAUUAAGGCCUGUCUGUUGCCGUACGUCUCUCUGUUGCCCGCCAACGAAAAUCUGAUUCACGAUUUGGCCAAAGUUUACGUCCAAACCAGCGCUGACAUUAAGAGGAUAAUUUUAAGGCUCAUCGACAAUCCCAUUAAACACAUGGGAAUGGAAUCGAAGGAUCUUUUGCAGCUCGUCGAGGAAUGUCCAAAGGGAUCUGAAACGCUGGUUACUAGAGUUAUACACAUUUUAACGGACAAAGGCACUCCCACGCCUGAGCUGGUAUCCAGAGUCAGGGAUUUGUAUAACACAAGAAUUUCCGAUGUUAGAUUUUUGAUUCCCGUGCUGAAUGGACUUACAAAGAAAGAAGUAAUAUCAGCGUUGCCGAAACUGAUUAAACUCAAUCCUGUAGUGAUAAGAGAAGUCUUCAACAGACUUUUAGGGCUGCACGGUGAUAGUCCUAUUAGUCCCAGCGAACUUUUAGUGUCGUUGCAUCUCAUCGAUUCCACUCAGGCCGAUCUCAAAACUGUCAUCAAGGCGACGUCAAUGUGCUUGCAGGAGAAGCAGGUAUAUUCUCAAGAAGUUCUAGCUGUAGUGCUUCAACAACUCAUGGAGCAAACUCCGCUACCUACUUUGUUAAUGAGAACCGUCAUCCAAGCACUAUCGAGUUAUCCCAGACUGUCCGGUUUUGUAAUGAACAUCUUGCAGAGGUUGAUUUCAAAAAAGGUGUGGAACCAAAAAGUAGUAUGGGAAGGCUUCGUGAAGUGUUGCCAGCGAACUAGACCACAAAGCUUCGCCGUUCUGAUGCAGCUGCCACCUCCCCAACUCCUAGAAGCUUUGACGAUUUGUCCCGAAUUGAAGGAACCUCUUAGAGAUCACCUGAUGACGUUUACAGAGGCGCAAAGGGCGCACAUUCCCGCCGCUGUGCAAGAAAUUAUUUUAUCAUACACGGCGCCCCCUGCUGUGCCGCCGCCGGGGAUUAUUAUGCAACCUGAUGUUAUGGUUGUGGAGUCUGUUAUUCCUAUUCCUGUUCCCGUUCCUGCUCCUACUGCCCUUCAAUCGGAGCCCUUACCGCCUGGUAUGGAAUAAGUUGGGAACAAAAUGGUUGAAAUACAACAGCGCUUGUCCACAAACAUUGUUUUUGUCGUAAUUAAAUGUUUGAAAUAUAUUUUUAAUUAUAAG